AUGUUUGGAUCGCGGAGAAUGACCAUGUCCAUUGCGUUUUAUAAUCACGACGGGAAGCAAUUCUUGAUUUCCGGAUCCUGGGACAAGAGCAUUCGGGUAUGGGACACACAGACCAAAGAGCCACUGGCCACGACCACAGAUGCACAUAACGACUUUGUCAAAACAUUGCUUGUGAUACCCACUCUCCGCCUACUAGUAUCUGGUGGAUCAGACAAGAUCGUUCGAUUCUGGACACGUAUCAACGAUCUUUUUGUGGGACAAGGCCUUGUCUGGACCGGGUCUACGAUCUCUCUACCCUCGACGAACCCGAGCUGA